CCCGGUUUUCUGCUACUAAAUUUACUGCUUGGCCAUUCCAGUCGCGAGUCUUUUGUGCGUUCCCCGAAAUGCUUUCGGUUGCGAAAAGAGCGAAGACGGUGGCGCGGUGGUUGGAGGCCGCCGGGAGCCAGGUUAGGGGAGUGAGAACGGAGGCGCGGUCGCCGAGGCGGAGGUCUAGGUCGCCGGCGAUGGCGAUGAGGAAGGCGGAGGAGAAGUCGGAGUGGUGGAUAGUCGACGGCGAAAUGCACGAAAUCGGCGACAACGUGCCGCCGCGUGAGCGGUUCGUGAUUCCGAGAGAGAACGUCCCCAACAAGCGCCGGAAGCAGCUCCGGGAACAGUUCAUGCGCCGCACUCGCCUCGUCCUCAAGGAAACGGAGCAUGAGCCUUGGUGCAAAAAGUACAUGGAGCUGUACCAGGAGCUUAGAGAGAAUUGGGAAAGGCUCUACUGGGACGAAGGUUACUCGAAGAAGAUUGCGCAGGAUCAUGCCAAUUACGAGUCUGCUGAAGAUGAUGAUCAAGAUUUCAAUCCAUACCGGAGCAAGCAAUCCAAUUUUGAGCAAUUUAAGAUGCAUGUUUUUCUACAUAUCACGGAUAUUCUAGGUGUGAGGUUGGAGUGCCAACAUGGAAACAACCCAAAAAAUUCACUUUGGGGUUGUUAAGGAUGGAGGGGAGGAAAAGAGCAUAACUAAGGUGAUUCUGACUCUUUGUUAAUCAAUAUGUCCAUUCUGAAAGAGUCAAUAUCACCGUAAGCAAGUUAAUGUCUAUCAGAUAUUUGAUACCGGCUGAUAGGACUGAAAGUGGAAUCAGAAGUUUUUGUGGGAACAGAGUACAAAGGGAGAAAUGAUCUGUUGCUUGAGUGGGAGUGUUUUGAAUAGGCUGUCACUGACAAAAAUGACUUGGUAUGCUGUCCCUAAUAGAAAUGACUUGGUAUGCUGUCCCAAAUUGAAAUUAUGGGUUUGUGAGAAGGGUGGCAUUUUUGCAUUGUGACAAGAGGUUCCAGUCGUUGUCCUUGGAAGGAUAUCUAAAGGAAUAUAUAUUGUUUUAUUCCAUUUUUCAAUUCUGUGUGGAUCAUUGGGUGGGAAAACAGCUUUCUGUAACCUUUUUCCGUUAUACAGACACUCUUUUUCAGAUUUCUCCACUUGUGAGAUUCUGUGAUAGUUCUGUUUCUGAUUCUCAAUAUUUUUCUGGGAUUUGGGUUUAUAGAGAAAUCAUUAAUGUUCAGGAGUUGAGGGAAUUGACUGUGGGUAGAAAUAUUUUCUGCUUUUAUCAAUUUCGGAUAGGAGGGUAUGCAAGCGGGAGUCGUCAUGAUUCUUUCAUUUGUAAGGACGACUCUUAGUUUUGAGGUACCCAGAAGGAUGUGAGUGCUAGUCUGGAGUGUUGCUGGUGUUAGUUUGAUUACUUGUGAUAUGAUUCAGAAGUUCUUGUUGUGUUUCACCUAAUUUCUGUGAAAUGUACAAUAAUAUAGAAAGUUUGAAUCAUUUGCUGCUUCCAUGUGCUUUGAUUUGUUUGGAACUUUGGGAGGCUAUUGUGAGCGGGGAUUUUCCUGUCAUGUUAUGAUCUACUGUGAAAGUUACUUUAAGUACUUUGGGGUGGUAAGAUGCUGCAACCAUCUACUGUUA